AUGGCCGGAGGCGGCGACCACAACUCCCAGACGAACGGAGGUCACGACCAGAGGGCCAUGGAGGAGGGCAGGAAGGAGGAGUACGCUGACCAGGGCUGCGCCGCCAUGGUCGUCUCCGUCCCAUUCAUCCAGAAGGUACGGAGGCACUAUCAUCGCGGAGAUCUUCGGCACCUACUUCCUGAUGUUCGCGGGUUGCGGCGCGGUGACGAUCAACGCGAGCAAGAACGGGCAGAUCACGUUCCCGGGGUGGCCAUCGUGGGUCUGGCCGUCAUGGUGAUGGUGUACGCCGUGGGCCACAUCUCCGGCGCGCACUUCAACCCGGCCGUCACCUUCGCCUUCGCCACCAGCGGGCGGUUCCCGUGGCGGCAGCUGCCCGCGUACGUGCUGGCGCAGAUGCUGGGCGCCACGCUGGCGUCGGGCACGCUGCGCCUCAUGUUCGGGGGGCGGCACGAGCACUUCCCGGGGACGCUCCCCACGGGGUCCGAGGUGCAGUCGCUCGUCAUCGAGAUCAUCAUCACGUUUUACCUCAUGUUCGUCAUCUCCGGCGUCGCCACAGACAACAGAGCGAUCGGGGAGCUGGCAGGGCUGGCCGUGGGCGCAACCAUCCUGCUUAACGUCCUCAUUGCCGGGUAA